AUGGAAGGUUGUACCAAAUUAGUAGAUGUUCAUCCAUCACUUGGAGUGCUUAAAAGACUGAAACUCUUGAAUUUAAGAGAGUGCAGAAGUCUUAGGAGUCUUCCAACCAAAAUUGGAAUGGAAUCCCUUGAAACUUUAAUUCUUUCGGGUUGCUCAAAUCUUGCAAGGUUUCCAGAGAUUGAUGGGAAAAUGGAACAUCUAAAAACUCUUCAUCUUUGUGUUUGUUGUAAAGUUGAAUAUUUUCCAGAGAAUUUGCAGCAAGCAAAAUUUUUGGAAGAGCUUGACUUGAGUAAAACAGCCAUAAAAGAACCACCCUUCUUCAUUUCUCAGUUGAAAAAUCUUAAAAUUUUAUCUUUCGGUGGAUGCAAGGUUCCGUCUAAGUUAAAAAGAAAUCUACUUUCUCUUUUCAAGGCAAGCCAAAGAGGAAGGAUGAAUUCCAUAGCUCUAACGCUACCUUCAUUAUCCGGUUUGAGUUCAUUAACAAAGUUGACUCUAAGGGACUGCAAUCUUGGUGAAGGAGAUAUUCCUGGUGCUAUUUCUUGUCUAUCCUCUUUCGGUAACAAUUUCAACAGCAUACCAGCGUCUCUUACUCGACUCUCCAAGCUUGAAACUCUUAUAUUGUCAAAUUGCAGCCUGUGUAAUAUUGGUGAAGGAGAUAUUCCUAGUGAUGUUUCUGGUCUAACCUCAUUGAAAUUUCUUGGUCUUGAUGGUAACAAUUUCACCAGCAUAGCUGCGUCUCUUAUUCAUCGUUCCAAUCUUGUAUAUCUUGGAGUGUCAAAUUGCAGUGAGCUUGAAUGCUUGCCUAUGCUUCCAGCAAGGAUGGCAAUUGAUUGGAAAGAUGAUAGGGCAUUUGCAAAUUCAAGAAAAAGAUUUGAUGUUGUUAUACCUGAAAUGAAAUCCCAGAAUGGUUCAGCCAACAGAGAGAAUGACAGUCAAUGGAUUGGAGUUGCUUUCUGCUGCAUUUUCGGCGAUGAUGAUGGUUCCGAGAUAAAGGUUAUCGGUGGUCCAACUUAUAUCCAUUCUACAUAUUCUGGACAAUCUAGUAGUAAUGGAUCUGUUUUUCAAGAUAAUUUUGAAACCAAGAAUUUAUCGCUUGAGAUGUCUUUCCAAUCUUCUCCAAAAAGGUAUCCUUCUGUUAAGGUGAAGAAGUGUGGUGUUAGAAUAAUGUAUGAGAAAGAUUUGGAAGAAAUAAAAGAGGUGCAGUACCAUACCACUCAUUCUUGUCCAAACUUGGAACAUAUCCAUCGUCACUCUACUGAAAACGAUGGAUCCGCAGGCAGCACGUCCCUUGUAAAACGAAAAAGUGAUAUCGAUGAAACAGGGGAAGAAGGGCCGCAGCCUAAACGGAUGCAAAACAUUUUCAAUUUUAUAACUGGCCGAUCAUGGAAGGAGGAGUAA